UUUUGCGUUUAACGUUUAGCGUUUGGCGGUUUGGCGCUCAGUUUGUCAUUCGCACGCGCUUACGCCGGUCGGCCGAGCAACAACAACGACGACGACGAAGAACAACUCUGGACCGGAGGCCGAGCGAUCGCGUGUUUUUUUGUUUUUGUUUCUGUUUUUGUUUAAUUAGAUAAGAAACACCUUCAAAGAUAAGGUACUAGAGAAUCCAUUGGACUUAUCAGCAUUUACGGGCCGAUCGUAGAGCGCAACGGAACGACAACGGUUGAGGAGAGCGAAAGCCGGACUCCGGAAAAUGAACAAAGAGUGAAUAGAGCCCGGAGAAUAGGCGUUAAAUAUGAGCGAAUAAUCAUGCGAAAUAUCAGAAAUCUCAAGGAUCCCACAGUGUGGACAAAAUGGAUGCACCACCACCUUCGCUUCCUCCUAAUCAUCAUCAUUCUGCUGAGCCUCUUUGCCACCGCCCAAGUGACGGCGGAGCUAACGAAGGUCAGCUGCAGCUCCGGUGGCAGUACCACCAUGACCUGUGACUGCAACAACUACGACCAGCCCAUGGUCUUGCCAUUCCUACACGGUGACGUCUCUCUGGUGGAGAUUCGCCACUGCCCCGACCUCACUGUGGAGUCCAAUUGCCUGGGCGACACCAUAGGCCUGCGCAAGGUGACCUUCACCCAAGUGGGUAAGCUAGUGCUCCGCCAGUCUGCCCUCAGUGUGCCCCGCUAUGCCAGCAACAAGGCUCUGAUCGUGGAGUUCGAACAGACGAACAUCAAACUGAUCGAGUCGCAUGCCAUCACUGGAAACAUCGAGGAGAUCUCAUUCGUGGGCGGACGCAUAGAUGAGAUGAAGCCUUUUGGGUUCACCACGACCAAGAACAGUGCCAUAUUGCUCAAAAUGGACGGGGUGACCAUACAGCAUAUUGAAAGUCAGGCCUUUAAAAAGUUCGCCGUGGAACAGAUGAGCAUUGCCAACUGUCAGUUUUUGAGCGAUGUGCCCACCCGGGCCUUCUACGAACUGGAAGUGCUCAACGAGCUGAGUCUGAGGGGGAAUCAUUUCCACCAGGAGGUGCACUCCCAUGCCCUCUCUUUUAAACUUGUCUCCAAACUGAGCCUGAGUGAGAACCAAUUUGUGGCCGUGGAUGGCGAGUGGCUGGAGGCUCAAAUCCGCGAUGCUAUUACCCUGCGUGGCAACGAUUUUGGGGCCACCAGUGAGAUAGCCUUCCGCAGCCUCACCGUGCAUCGUUCGUAUCAGCUAAGCGAGCGCCUGGAGCUGCGCUUCCACAACAACACCCUGCGUAGCUCACGUCCCGGAGCAGAUCCCAAGGCGAAUGAUGAUGAGCCCGGAACACAGGCACAACCUCUGCGCUUUGACGAGCGCUUUGCUCUUAGCAUUCGUGAGCUGCGCUAUGAUAAUCCUUGGAGUUGCGAUCAGCUGGACAGGAAUGUAGAACCGCCACUGCCCAAAGCUGAAUUCUUUCGCGUGCACAGCGAUCAGCUAAUGUUCCAGCCACCGGGACAGCAGUCAGACAGACAGCAGCAGCAGCAGGCACCACCUUUGAUGCCACUACGUCUGCUCAUCAGCGAUCAGUGUCGUGAACAGAGCUACAUGGCCUAUAUAGUGGCGGGUAGUGUGCUGCUUGGCCUGCUGCUGCUUCUGCUGAUCCUGGGGAUAUGCUGGAGAAUAGUUCAGAGAAGGCGACGCCGUAAAUUGGACGUUGUCCAGCCGGAGCCGCGCACAUACAAAGAGACUCAGAUCGUAUACCAAAUCGAGAAUGCUGGCCUGCUCAAGACUGAUUUAUAGACCAAGACAAGACGCCAAGGAAAGACAGAGACACACACACACAGAGCUGAGAGAAGCUAGAGGAGGAAGCUAACAUGGAAAUACCACCAAUGCGUGACCUUUCGCUGUACCAAAACCAUAGCCUACAGUUUAGUCGUUAGAUAUUGUAUCUUAAUUAUGCCUAAGCAAUGUAAAUAGACCCAUUAAAAAAAGCAGAAAAGCCAAGUCUGCAUAGAUAUACCGUA